GCGGCAGGAAAUCGGGGCUGGUCCCCGCGGGCGCGCGACUUCAUCCGCGUCCCGGUCCCCGCCGAGCGACCCCCGGGCCUCGCCAUGGACGCCGCAGAGCCGGGGCUCCCUCCAGCUCCGGAGAGCAGGAAGAGAUACAGUGACAUCUUCUGGAGUCUGGACAACCUCGAGAUCUCCCUAGGGAACGUGACCUUCGAUAUGUUGGCUGGAGACACUGCACUUCCAGAAGACCCGGAGCCUCACAAGGCUGCCCCAGCCACUGUGGCGAGUGAGACCAGUGAAGGCAGCCGUUGGAGCGGCCCCUCCCUGGAGGCUCCUGUGCCCCUCACAGGGGAAGAACUGGACUUGCGACUCAUUCGGACAAAGGGGGGCGUGGAUGCAGCCUUGGAUUACGCCAAGACAUGGAGCCGCUAUGCCAAGGAGCUGCUGGCCUGGACAGAGAAGAGAGCCAGCUAUGAGGUGGAGUUUGCCAAAAGUAUCAUGAAAAUCGCCGAGGCUGGCAAAGUGUCCAUCCACCAACAGAGUCAUAUGCCACUUCAGUACAUCUACACCCUGUUUCUGGAACAUGACCUCAGCCUGGGAACUCUGGCCAUGGACACGGUGGCCCAGCAAAAAAGAGACUACUACCAGCCCCUGGCCGCCAAACGGACUGAGAUUGAAAAGUGGAGGAAGGAGUUCAAGGAACAGUGGCUGAAGGAGCAGAAGCGAAUGAACGAGGCGGUGCAGGCACUGCGUCGGGCCCAGCUCCAGUAUGUGCAACGUAGCGAGGACCUGCGAGCGCGCUCCCAGGGGUCCCCCGAGGACCCAGCACCCCAGGCUUCGCCAGGACCCAGCAAACAGCAGGAGCGGCGCCGGCGCUCCCGAGAGGAGGCCCAGGCCAAGGCGCAGGAGGCCGAGGCACUGUAUCAGGCCUGCGUCCGAGAGGCCAAUGCACGGCAGCAGGACCUGGAGACCACCAAGCAGCGGAUCGUGUCGCAUGUGCGCAAGCUGGUCUUGCAAGGGGACGAAGUGCUAAGGCGGGUGACCCUGGGCCUGUUUGGGCUGCGCGGCGCACAGGCGGAGCGCGGCCCCCGCGCCUUUGCGGCCCUGGCUGAGUGCUGCGCGCCCUUCCAGCCUGGCCAGCGCUACCAGGAGUUCGUGCGGCUGCUGCAGCCCGACGCCCCGCCGCCCCCGCCACCUGCCUUCUGCUUCCAGGAGUUCUCGCCAGCCGUGCACAGCUCCCCUCUGGACUCCAGAAAGAAGCUCUCUGGGCCUCUGCCUCCGAGGCUGGACGAGAGUUCAGCAGAGCCGGGCUCUUGGGAGGACACCAGUUUAGGCUGCCAGGGGACUCCAGGCCCCACUCCAGGCAGUGAUGUGGACAGCGUGGGCGGCGGCAGUGAGUCUCGAUCCCUGGACUCUCCCACUUCCAGCCCAGGCCCUGCAACACGGCAUCUGGUGAAGGCCUCAUCCAUAGGCACGGAGUCCUCAGAUGACUUCGAGGAGCGAGAUCCUGACCUGGGAGAUGGGCUGGAGAACGGGCUGGGAAGCCCCUUCCGGAAGUGGACGCUGUCCACCGCGGCUCAGACCCACCGGCUGCGACGGCUACGGGGCCCAGCCAAGUGCCGAGAGUGUGAAACCUUCAUGGUCAGCGGGACAGAGUGUGAGGAGUGCCUCCUGACCUGCCACAAGCGCUGCCUUGAGACUCUGCUGAUCCUCUGUGGACACCGGCGGCUCCCAGCCCGGACGCCCCUCUUUGGUGUGGACUUCCUCCAGCUCCCCAGGGACUUCCCCGAGGAGGUCCCCUUCGUGGUCACCAAGUGCACGGCCGAGAUCGAACACCGGGCCCUGGGUGUGCAGGGCAUCUACCGGGUGAGCGGGUCCCGGGUCCGUGUGGAGCGGCUGUGCCAGGCCUUCGAAAAUGGCCGUGCUUUGGUGGAGCUUUCUGGAAACUCACCUCACGAUGUCACAAGUGUCCUCAAACGGUUCCUGCAGGAGCUCACCGACCCCGUGGUCCCCUUCCACUUCUACGACGCCUUCAUCUCUCUGGCUAAGACCCUGCAUGCAGACCCUGGGGACGACCCCGGGACCCCCAGCCCCAGCCCUGAGGUUAUCCGCUCGCUGAAGACCCUCUUGGUACACCUGCCCGACUCUAACUACAACACCCUGCGGCACCUGGUGGCCCAUCUGUUCAGGGUGGCCGCACAGUUUGAGGAAAACAAGAUGUCUCCCAACAACUUGGGAAUUGUAUUUGGGCCGACGUUGCUGCGGCCGCCGGAUGGUCCGAGGGCAGGCGGUGCCAGCCCUGUCACCUGCCUGCUGGACUCCGGACACCAGGCUCAACUUGUUGAGUUCCUCAUCGUGCACUACGAGCGGAUCUUCGGGAUGGACGAGCUCCCCCUGACCACCGAGCCCCUGCCCCAAGACCCCAGCCCGGUCCCUGGGCCCCUCACAGCCAGCCCCCAGCCUCCACCUCUGAUCCUGGUCCAAGAACCACAGUCCCCAGCCGUAGCCGGGGAGCCCAGCCCAGACCCCAAGUCCCACAGCGCCCUGGAGAAGCAUCCCGAGGCCACGCCCACCGAG